CAUAUUCUCCGCGAUCGUUUCUCAAUUUCUGUUCACUUCCUCAGCUGCUUCCAGACGCGGCUUUACAAAUUGUGCUCUCAAUAUAGAAAUUGAUUACCAAAAUCUGCAUUCCAUAAUGGACUCCCUCUCCUUAGCCCCGAAACAGUCGCAGCAAUACCAACACGUUCUCGUGAUGCGGCACGGGGAUCGAAUUGAUGAGUUGGUGGACUCCUGGCUCUCGAAUGCCACCAGGCCCUGGGAUCCACCUCUGGUCGACGCUGGAUGUGUCCGGGCCUUCCACACGGGUGCAAAGCUCAGAACCCAGCUCAGGUUCCCAAUCCACCGGGUGUUUGUUUCUCCGUUCAUGCGAUGCAUUGAGACUGCUUCUGAAGUGGUUUCCGCUCUCUGUGCCAUCAGGGGGGAUUCCGAUGCUCUCCCCAGGACCGACAUGCCAAUUGACACAUCAAAGAUUAAGGUAUCUAUCGAGUACGGCAUCAGUGAGAUGUUCAACAGCAUGGGCAUCCAAACACCUCCUAAGGAUGGGGAGUGGGGAUUUAACCUCCCUGAGCUUGAGCUGAAAUUACCAGCAGGCACUUUGGAUCCUGAAUUUGAACCAGUCGUCAAAGAGUUGCCGAAAUGGGGAGAGACGAGUUCAGAUGCAAAAGCCCGAUUUGGACGACUUAUUCACGCCCUCGCAGAUAGAUAUCCGUCUGAGAAUUUGUUGUUCAUCACCCACGGAUCGGGUCUGCGAGCUACAGUUUGGACAUUUUUGAACGGAACGAAAGUGCACAAAGUGGAGUAUUGUGCCUAUGUCGAACUUGAACGGCAAAUCAUCCUAAACGAUAGCAAUUCCAUCAUGGCGGGGAAAUUUGGCGUAGUCUCCCAGCAUGGUUACUAAGAGCCGCUAGUGCGAAAAUUCGCUGGCUCCAGUAAACCUGAUUUAAUUGUUCGGGUUUUCGAGUGUAAAGGAGAAGAAAGAAAAUUAGACAUGGUUCACCUUUCUUUUUCCUUUACACUAAGCGACCGGUGUAUCACUAGUUUUAUCACGGUGUGAGAUCCAAUAUAAAAAAAGACAAUUUUCCUCGAUUCAUUGAACAUCAACAUCCUUGUACUUGUGCCUUAUCGGCAUUGUAUUUCCAGUUUGGUUUUGAGUAUCAGAGUGGAGUACAAUAAAAUGAUGGUCCGCAACCAAUGACGGCUAAGGACGGUUACUCCCCCACAACCCAAACCAAACCAACUAAGCCGGAAAGCUCAAAUUCAACACCGUGGUAUGUAGACAAUGGAUACAGUCAUCGAUGGCACGGGGAUGGCGGUAGGCUAGUUACUGGAGGGAGUUAGGAGAGUUAGGACGGUUGACAACCGCUGAAAAUUUGAUUGGAGACAGCCAAGUUCGGUAUUCACCGUUUAGCCCCA